AAACCCCCAUUGUACUCUUAAAACCCCCAUUAUUUCUAUUUGUAGCAUUUAUCAAUACACAAUUAUCCAUCUAAGACCACUGUCUAAGACAAACAUUAACCUAAGAGAUAUAUAACUGGGUAUAUACAGUGAGCUCUAUAUAUAUAGAGAUGACUGGGAAAGUGGGUAUAUAUAGCUCACGCUGCCACCCAGAUCAGUGAUUCCACCAAAGAUUUGGUUCCACGGUAGGUCUACUGGCAAACGCUGAUUACAGCAAUGCAAAGUCAGAGAAAACGUUAUAAAGAUAUAGCGAAGGCAACAGAGCCAAGGUACAAGCGAAGGUAUGACCUUCGCAAUGCUAAAAGUCUCAAGAAAAAGGUACAAAGUAAAUAUUUUUAUUCUUACAGUGGGUGGACAAAAAAAGUGGUCCCCGACGAAAUGUGGCACACUUUAAUAUCAUUCAAAUAAACGUCUGUUUCAAAACAAAUUCUUCUGAGAAGUAACCUUUAUUUUAUUAAAGUAAUAUAGUUAAUUUACGGUAUUUGCUUCAGGCGCGGAAUCAGGAAUUGUGCCUUACGACCCCAAAUGACAUAAUACAAGCCCUCUGAAUCACCGAUGUUUGUAUGGUCAUGGAAAUGUACCAAAAAACCCAUAACGUAUAAAUAAUAGUUACUAAUAACAGUCCGGUUAAGCCUGCGCUAAGCUAAACAACGUGAGUGAUAAGCUAAAAUGAAACAGUUGUUUGCCAGUUACCUGAUGUCAGUAAGCGUGUCUUGUGCAAUAAUUAUGGGUACUUAUGUGCCGGAGGGCGGAGUACAUGCUUCCGUUAGUUCCCUAUUAGACGCGCUGUGGCCGCGUACAUAUAUGUAAAUUAUGUACAUCUCGGAAAACGAAAAAUUACGCCAGCAUACGUUCAAGUUAAGAACAACCUUAACAACCCGUAGCCUCUACCUAAUAUUCUUACAUUCUUGCAUUCUCUUACAUUCUUUUGUGAUACAUGCAUAAUAUCAAUAAUACGUCACGGCUAUGAUCACGGGCAAUGUAAACAUGAUGCAUAGCCACUUAGAAACUAUUUUACAUCCAUACCACCAUGUCAAAGCGGUCUUCCAAACGUGCAGCGUUUUCAAUGGAAAGCCUACGAGAAGAGGUUGAACACGAGAUAAAGCAAGACGGAGUUGAUAAAAAUAUAUUAUGUGAUAUUACAGAUCUUAAUUUUGUAGACUUUAUGUCGGUACAAGUUAUUUUAUGUGCUAUACUAGUAAAAUUCGUUCUUAACACCGUUCGUGCUUUUGCAAAUAUUGUGCCAUCGUUAUGUGUACUUCCCAUGAAAGUGCGUCAGGAAGUUUUACAGUUGUCGCAUCUACAUCUAGUUGUCAGCAGGUGAAGCCGAAACAUGGUGAUUGUGAUGGAGACAAUGAUGGUAAUGGUGAUGGAGACAACGAUGGUAAUGGUGAUUGUGAUGGAGACAAUGAUGGUAAUGGUGAUUGUGAUGGAGACAAUGAUGGUAAUGGUGAUUGUGAUGGAGACAAUGAUGGUAAUGGUGAUGGUGAUGGAGACAAUGAUGGUAAUGGUGAUGGUGAUGGAGACAAUGAUGGUAAUGGUGAUUGUGAUGGAGACAAUGAUGGUAAUGGUGAUGGAGACAACGAUGGUAAUGGUGAUUGUGAUGGAGACAAUGAUGGUAAUGGUGAUUGUGAUGGAGACAAUGAUGGUAAUGGUGAUUGUGAUGGAGACAAUGAUGGUAAUGGUGAUGGAGACAAUGAUGGUGGUGGUGAUGGUGAUAGAAAUGUUCCAAAUUACAAGGGUGAUGACGAUGACUUAGAAAUAGCUGCUGUAGUGCCACCAUCAGUUACAUGUGAAAACAGCACUGUGAUAGCACUGCUCACAGAAUACUUGUGAGCCUAAUCGAAAAUUUAACACCAGAAUCAACGAACUUUGCCAGAGUGGCAGAGUUUUAAGAGAUGUAUGCCAGCAGAAAGAUUGGGUUUUACUAAAGAUCCUCAGCACCCCUUUCCAUCAGUUCAACUCGAAUCCAUCACGGGUUAGUAAAGUUAAAGUUGAAGAUUUGGAGAUUGGAUGUCAAGCCCCAAAUGAUAUGCUUCGCUCUGGUUGGGAACCAUACAAAGUUCAUGGUGAUGGAAAUUGCCUGUUACGGUCCCUUUCGGUAGCCAUAACUGGUGAACGAACAGAGCGUCUGCAUCAGUGGCUAAGACUUUGGUGCGUUGUCCAUGGCUGUCUUAAGGAACAUUUUUACAUCAAACAGGUUUUAAUUAGUACUACUGCACAUACAUUCCCUACAAAAGAAUGUAUUGUAUCAUUCAUUUUUUUAUUAUGUCUUAGUUUCUUGCUGAUGCAGAUUAAAUUGAUGGUUUCCUUUCAUUAAUAACUGACGAUGACAUCUACAGCAAGAUGAAUGAUAGCAUGACCAUUAAAGAAAAAGUUAGUUCUGUUUAUCUGCGUGAAAUCAUGAAGACUUCAGUGGAUGGUCGUUAUUGUGGUAUUUUUAGCAAAUUUUUAAUUUUUAUUAAAUUAUUUUUAGUAAAAUUCACACUGUUUCGUGUUUGGAAUAAUUAUGAACGUGAAUUUUGGCUAUUAGAUAUUUUGUGCGGACUUAUAAAAACGAGAUAAUCGCACUGUACUUUGUACUGUUUAAAUUAUGCUCUUCUAGAAUUUUUUGCUAUAUUCAUAGCUAUAAAAAAGAUUAUCUUCUUAUGUACGGCAAUACUAGGAAGUGCAUUGCACGUUCGUUUUGUGUUUAUAAAUUGAUUAAACAGGCAGGAUACCUUCAAAUUGUACUGAUGGCUAGCCUGCUGAAAAAGACCAUUUACCAACAUUGCUCUUCACCUGGGUAUGAACUGUAUAACACGGAAAUAUGCCCUCCAAAUGGCGUAAAAUGGGUCAAUUCAUCUCCUCUGGUGCCAUUUAUCUGGAGGGAUUAUUAGUCACCUUGUUCCGACGUUGAAAUAUGAAACUGAUGUGGGUAAGAAAUAAAUAUAAAACAAUAUAUAAUAACUGACGAUGACAUCUACAGCAAGAUGAAUGAUAGCAUGACCAUUGGAGAAAAAGUUAAUUCUGCUUAUCUGCGUGAAAUAAUGAAGAUUCAGUGGAUGGUCGUUAUUGUGGUCCUGAAGAGUUGAAAGCUUUUGCAAAUAACCCUCUGGUGAGAAGAGCUUUUGUUGAAGCCAUAUCACAAGGACCAUCAAACUGUUUAAGAGGUAUAUCCACAGACAAAAUUUAUUAGAUGCACCUUACCAUGCUUGCAAAUUGCAUUUUAAUUUAUAUUUUUAAUUGUUAUAUAAACAAUUGAUGAUCUUAAACCCAGAAUUAACUGUCUGUUGAACUGAAUACUAUUUUUAUUCAUGCAAUUAAUAAUGGUAAUAGAACGAAUAGGACUGCUAUUAAUGGCAAUGACAGUUGACUCUACCACAGAUUAACAAAGUGCCCAUAAAUUGUAAGGACAAGGGAGAUCCGCAGGAGUGCAAGAUUGAUGAAGAAAGUAAAGGAGUAGCCGUGGGGAGGGGGGGGGGAAUUCGGGGAAUUUUUUGGGGAAAUAAU